AUGUCUGCCUCGGAGCGCCCCGUCGAUUCCGACAAGGUCUGGACGACACUCAUCACCAACCUGGCCUACCUCCCGGGCCUCCUCACCCUCGACCACUCCCUCCGCAAGGUCAACUCCAAAUACCCCCUCGUCGCCCUGGUGACCGACCAGUUCCCCGAGCAAGGGCGCGCCGCCCUCGCCGCCCGCGGCAUCCCCUCCCAGCGCGUCCCCUACCUCCUCCCCACCAAGUCCCGCGACUACUCCAACGACCCGCGCUUCUACGACUGCUGGACCAAGCUCACCCCCUUUUCCCUGACCGAGUACUCCCGUGUCGUCCAGCUCGACUCCGACAUGCUCGUCCUCCGCAACAUGGACGAGCUCAUGGACCUGCCCCUCGACAGUCCCGACCAAGCCAACGCCGGCACGGGAUCCCGCGUCUUCGCCGCCGGCCACGCCUGCGUCUGCAACCCCCUCAAGAAGAAGCACUACCCGGCUGACUGGGUUCCCCAGCACUGCGCCUUCACAUCCCAGCACACCACACCCGAGGAAGCCCAGACCGUCGGCGCCGAUCCCGCAGUGGGACCCCUCGGCUUCAUGAACGGCGGGCUCCAGGUCGUCAACCCGUCGCAGGUCCUGUACGCCCAGAUCCUCGCCCACAUGGAGGCUGGCGCCGUGGACAUGGACUUUGCCGACCAGUCCCUCCUCUCCGACCUGUACCGCGGCCGCUGGGUGGCCCUGCCGUACACCUACAAUGCCCUCAAGACCCUCCGCUGGAAGGGCGUGCACGACGCCAUCUGGCGCGACGACAAGGUCAAGAACAUCCACUACAUCCUGAGCCCCAAGCCGUGGGAUGAGGUGGAUGAGAAUGGCGAGUGGACCGGGACUGAGGAGUCACACCGUUGGUGGGUAGAUUCGAACCGGGAGCGCAGAGCCGCUGAGAAAGAAAAGGGCAUCGACGAUGGGUUUUAA